AUGCCUCCAAAGUUGGACCCCAAUGAGAUCAAGAUCAUCCACCUGAGAGCCACUGGUGGUGAAGUCGGUGCUUCCUCAGCAUUGGCUCCCAAGAUCGGUCCUCUUGGUUUGUCACCAAAGAAAGUCGGAGAAGAUAUCGCAAAGGCCACUGGAGACUGGAAAGGAUUGAGAGUCACCGUCAGACUCACCAUCCAAAACCGUCAAGCCGCUGUUUCCGUUGUCCCAUCCGCCUCCUCCCUCGUCAUCAAGGCCCUUAAGGAGCCUCCCCGUGACCGCAAGAAGGAGAAGAACAUCAAGCACAGCAAGUCAAUUGCUCUUGAUGAGGUUAUCGAGAUCGCCAGAACUAUGAGAUUCAAGUCUCUCGCAAAGGAGUUGAAGGGUACCGUCAAGGAGAUCUUGGGUACCGCUUACUCCGUUGGUUGCCAAGUUGAUGGAAGAAGUCCAAAGGAUGUUAGCGACGAUAUCGAGUCUGGAGAGAUCGAGAUUCCUGAGGAAUAA